CACCGCUUCGAUCCAUCGGCGGAAGAAACCAACCCAAAAAAAAAAAAACCGGACUUUUGAUUUGGGACUAUUGUGAUUUCAUAUAAUCUUGUUUGCUAAUUUCUUUUACCUCCUGGUGCUUCUAUAUCAGUGAAUUUCAGUAUUUGAUUCUGUUCAUCCAUGGAGGUUUAUUCUUUCUCCAACGUACCCAGAUUUUGUCACUCAUGCUCCUCUGUUUCAGAAACGUCUCGAUUUAGAGGAGUCAAAGUUCAGUUAUGGGGCCAAUCUCCUGUUACUGUUCAGUUGAGCAGACGUAAAAGAAGAACCACUCGUAAUUUGAUUUCCAGCAGUCAGAAGAGAGAUGUCGCUGUCGUUGAUGGAAGUUGUAUGGAUGAUAUAUAUGACAAGUUAGCGGAACGUAUUGUCCCUCUGUCAGCAGCAAUGUUCAGCCCUAAUGUUAAACGUUUGGUCGGUUUGGCUGGUCCUCCUGGUGCCGGGAAAAGCACAUUAGCGAAGGAAGUAGUACGACGUGUAAACAGGCUAUGGCCUCAGAAAGCUUCUUCUUUUGAUGCUGAAGUUAUGCCGCCGGAUGUUGCUAUAGUGCUUCCCAUGGAUGGUUUCCAUUUGUAUCGUUCGCAACUCGAUGCAAUGGAGGAUCCCAAAGAAGCUCAUGCGAGGAGAGGAGCUCCUUGGACUUUUGAUCCUGCACUAUUGCUUAACUGUUUAAAGAAGCUGAGAAACGAGGGCUCAGUUUAUGUGCCAUCAUUCGAUCAUGGAGUAGGGGAUCCAGUUGAAGAAGAUAUCUUUGUUAGCCUCCAGCAUAAAGUGGUAAUUGUAGAAGGAAACUACGUGCUGUUAGAAGAAGGAUCUUGGAAAGACAUCUCGGAUAUGUUUGAUGAGAAGUGGUUCAUCGAUGUCAAUCUCGAUACAGCAAUGCAGCGUGUUGAAGCUCGGCAUAUCUCAACCGGUAAACCGCCGGAUGUUGCUAAAUGGCGGAUUGAUUAUAACGACCGACCCAACGCAGAGCUCAUAAUGAAGUCGAAGACGAACGCUGAUGUACUGAUCAGAUCUAUCAAUUUGUGAAUCUGCUUUCUUGGCUAUUGCACGAACAGACAAGAUGGAUAUGACUGAUGAGUAAUAAAAUACCCUAUCUUGCUCUUGAAUUUAGUUUGUCUUUGUGAUGUUUUCAUUCAAAUCUUUACUGAAAAACUGACAUUUCAUUUCCA